GAUGGCGGCGGUGAUGGAGGGACUAGUGCAACCCGGCACGAGUCGCCGGUGAGCGCUUAGCGUGCCCCGGGCGGCCGGGCGGCCGUGGAGCUCUGUCUGAACAGAUCUUUCCUCUCCACCCUUUCCCUGCCUGGCCCGCAGACGACAUGGAGGACGAGGACGAGGAGAGACUGAGGAAGAUCGCCCAAGGCGGGGCUUUGCUUGCUGAGUAUAGAGAAAGACAAGCCCGACGAGAAGGGAAAAAGAAGAAAAGUGUUUCAAAGUGUAAACAAGAUGUACACAGCUUAAAAAUUAAUCAACAAAGUAAUGAGACCUUCAUAAAUAGUUCUCAGUGUGUAGAAUCAGCUGGGAAUCCUGAUUCCACCAAAAUGAGAGCUGGACAAAUAGAGACGCAAAAUGAAGUCUUUGUUAAAGACCCACAUGGUGAAAGGAGAGAACCAGCUCCUGAAAGUUGUCAUAUGCCUCCCAUGCCUGUGCUGCACACACACAUCAAAUCACUUGAUGUAAUACAGCCUGAAGGUGAAAUUUCUUCCUUAGCCGACAACCAUAGUUCUUUAGAGGAAGAAGAAUUUGAUAAUUGUUCUCAACAAGGAGCUCAGUCCAGUCAGACCUGUCUGGAGAUGAUGGAAAAUGAGCUGGCUGGAAAACAGCUUACGAUUGAAGAACUAACUGGAGAACUGGAAGAAAGGAGGGCCACCUGCGGGCCUGAAGUAAUGCAGAGGCUCUACGAAUUUGAAGCUGCCGUCAAGCAAAGAGACGGCAUCAUCACUCAGCUGAUUGCUAACCUGCAGCAGGCUCACAAGGAAAAGGAUGAGACAAUGAGAGAGUUUUCCAAGUUAACCGAACAAAGUCAAAAAUUACAGAUUCAGUUCCAGCAUUUGCAGGCUGGUGAAACGUUGCGUAGCAACACUCAUAGCAGCACUGCUACAGAGCUACUUCAUGUCAAGCAACAAGUCAUGGCUCAGCAGCAGCAGCUGGAAGAACAAGACAGACUAUUAAAAGAUCAUCAGAAAAAGGAGGAGGAGUUCAAAAUACAGAUAACUGUUCUGCAAGAGAAAAUUAAAGUAUGUGAAAUGGAACAAGAUAAAAAAGUAGAAAGCGCUAAUAACAAAAUAGAGGAGAAACAGGCAAUUAUUGAAGCACUGAAUACAAGACUAGUAGAAGAAGAGAAAAAAACUGCUAUGCUAACUAAUCAAGUAACAACUGCCGAUCAAUUAGUAGGAGACUUAAAAGGACAGCUUGAGGAGAAAGACCAAGAGACCAAAAGCUUAAAGCUUGAACUAGCUGAUUCUAAGCAAAAAGUGGAGCAAUCUUCCAUAGAGAUGAAACAGUAUAUGGAGACAGUCGAGGAGCUACAAAAGAAAAAUCACGAAGUAAACUUUUCAGAAACCGGCAUAAUGCAAAAAAUGGAAAAAGAAACAGAACAGAAACUAGCACAGCUCCAAGCAGAGCUAGAUGAGGAGUAUGGAAAACAGAUUGUUCAAAUGAAGCAAGAAUUAAUAAAGCAACACAUGAACCAGAUAGAGGAUCUUAAAUCCCAGCAUAAGGGAGAAAUGGAGAACACUUUAAAAUUACGCGGAAAUCCAGCAGUUAAUGAAGAGCAAGUAAAGUUACUGAGCGCAACAAUGAAUGAACUGAAUAUGAAAGUACAGCAUACUCUGUAUCAAAAGGAGAAAUUCAGGGAAGAGCUGCGGGUAGUAAAGCUGGAGAAGUGUGCUCUCCAGAGUCAAUCGAAUGCUCUUCUAGAAGAAUUAAAUGCUUUAAGAGACCAAAUCCAGAGAGCCAAGCAGACAAUAUCUGAACAAGAAAAUAAACUGAAUGAAGCCGGCAAGUCCCUCAGCAUGGUUGAGGACUUAAAAGCUGAGGUUACUGCUGCAUUUGAGUCCAGGAAGGAACUCGAAUUAAAACACGAAGCAGAAAUUACAAAUUACAAGAUAAAACUUGAAAUGUUAGAAAAAGAAAAGAAUGCAGUCUUAGAUAAAAUGGCAGAGUCCCAGGAAGCUGAAUUGGACCGGUUGAGAACGCAGCUCCUCUUCAGUCAUGAAGAAGAGCUUUCUAAACUAAAAGAAGAUCUAGAAGUUGAACAUCGAUUAAAUAUUGAAAGACUUAAAGAUAAUUUGGGGCUUCAGUAUAAGAUGCAGAUAGCUGACUUACAAAAGGAAAUGAGUAAGAAGAUGGAAGCCAUGCAGUGCGAGAAAGACAGCUUGUUGAGUAAGCAGAGCCAACUAAUUUUGGAGAUUACUGACUUAAAAGACUUGCAGGAAUCACGGAAUUUUCAGAUGAAUGAAAUUAAAAAAGAAAUUGAGACCCUCAGACAAGAAGAAAAGGAAAAGGGUACCCUUGAACAGGAAAUUCAGGAGUUACAACUUAAAACUGAACAAUUAGAAAAAAUACUAAAAGCAAAAGAGGAGGACCUACAAGAAAAAUGUGUAGAACUUGAAGCAGAGAAUAGCAUUCUUAAAGAUGAGAAGAAAGUUCUCGAAGACAUGGUGAAAGUUUAUGCUCCUGUGGAAGAAGAAGAAAAAUUAAUUGCUUUAACUUCUGAUACAUACACAUCAAAAGACUGUAGCUGGCAAAAAGAGAUUGAUAUGCUUAGAAAGGAAAAGGAAGACCUAAAACAACAAUGUAUUCACCUAAGUAAGGAGAUCGAGAUGCAGAGGAAUACAUUUUCCUUUGCUGAAAAGAACUUUGAAGUUAAUUAUCAAGAGUUACAGGAAGAAUAUGCAUGCCUUCUCAGGGCAAGAGACAUCCAGACUAAGCAGGCAUUAGAGUAUGAACACAAAGUCAAAGCGCUGACUGAAGAGCUGCAAUUGCAGAGAGGAGGCCCGGUGAUGCAGGAAGGGCGGCGGUCUCAAUUAACUGAUGCUGCAACUUUUAUAGCCGAGCCGUUGGAAGUCAGAGAACUAGUUGAAAAGGAUAACAUUGAAUUUAUGGAGAAGCUGAAAGUAACCGAGCAAGAAAAACUAGAGCUCUCGGAGAAACUUUCUGCUCUCUCAGAACAGCUAAGGCAGACACGUGAUGAGGUGAACUGUCUAAGUGCGGAGGUUAAAUUACUAAGUCAAGACAAGGAAGAGCUCUUGUUACGAUGCAAAGAGUUAGAGGUUCCCACCAACCCCAAGGGGAUAGAAGAUGCUGCGGUGUGCCCUGCGCAGUUGAGCUCUUGGAAAACUGAGCUUACGACAGGAACGGACGCCCAUUCUGGAGGAUGUGAUUCUAAAAUCAGUAAAGAUUUGCCAGAAGAAUCAAAGAUAAUGGUAGAAGAUAAAAUUCCCUCUAAAGGAAGUGGAGAAGACUUGAUACUGCCAACAAGAACAACUGAACCAUCUCAUGGUUUAGUCGAGCCAUUCGAGAAGGAAAAACUUGAGCAAGAGCUUUGUGCUCUUAAAUCCACACAGGAUGAUUUAAGGCUGCAGAUGGAAGCCCAACGGAUUUGCCUUUCCCUUGUUUAUUCAGCUCAUGCAGAACAGGUGCGUGAAUAUAUGGAAAAGCAAAGAGAUGAAGCUCUUUGUAGCCUCAGAGACGAGCUUGUUUCUGCUCAAGAGAAAAAGAUGGAUGAGCUUCAAAAAAUGCACCAGUGCCAGCUGCAGGCUCUUCAGACACAAGAAACAGGCGGUCAUAAAGAGCCUUUGCCUGCGCUCAUUGGACGACUUGAGAAGGCAGUGUCUGAGGAGUGCUGUUCUAUUUCAGAGAGUCUGAACAGUUUUCUUGAUGAACACUAUACUCCUUUAAAAUGUGAAAUGAAUGUAGAAGAGAAAGAGAAUUCUAAUGUUUACAAUCAAAAUCGAAAUCUAAAAUUACAAGAGUAUAGAUACCAAGUUCAAGAUUUUCAAGGUCACGUGCAAACCCUUCUCAGUAAAUUAUCAGAUGAAUACAGCAAGCUCGUGGUACUGCAGACGCGGUUAAGCAAGGAUGAAGAUGACACACAAAACGUUGACGAACGUACACCAGAAGAAACAACAUUGAUGAGAAAAGCUGAAGAUGCAGCAGUUGAUGUAAACCUCUGCAAUGAAAGGGCCUGCAUGGAUUCAGUGGUGUUUAGAGAAUCUGAUACACAGGAAGCGGUGCUCCAUGGAAAUUGUCUAAAUGAACAAAUCACCAGCACCACAGAGUGUUCUGAUGGAUUUGAAGGGAGGCAAGAAAGAGAUAUAACCGUGAUGAUGGAGAAACAAUAUCAAGAAAGAUUGGAAGAAGAAAUCGCUAAGGUCAUCGUGUCGAUGAGCAUAGCAUUUGCUCAGCAGACAGAGCUCACUAGACUAUCCCAGGGUAAAGCACACUCUCCACAGUCAGAGCAAGCAUGCACUCCGUGUUCGCAAGAACACCCUUUCAGUGACAUCACUUCACAGGCUCAGCUUGAUCCACAGAGUCCUCUGGGGAUCGACAGGAAUUUGAAAGGACAAUUUAAACCACUUAGCAAUGAAUUAGAAGAACAUAAGAAAGAAGUUCCUCUGUGUAAUCAUGAGAAUCUUGAAGAUGAAUCCCUAAAGUUAAAGGACCAGGGGCUGACUAUUUCACAGAAUCUACUUUCCAAAGAUGAAACAAUCACUGUUCUACAAAGUAUUCAUGAUGAAGUAUCAGAUAUGGAGACUUCUAGACAGUUGGAAGAUAUGCGUCAAGAACUUGUACGCCAGUAUGAAGAACACCAGCAGGCAACAGAACUGAUGAGACAGGCUCACGUGCAACAGAUGGAGAGACAACGAGAAGACCAGGAGCAGCUACGAGAGGAGAUUAAGAGGCUCAAUGAGCAGUUAGCCGAGCAUAGAAACGCUGAGAAAGAGAAUAUAAAUUGUUCUGAUGGAUUUGAAGGGAGGCAAGAAAGAGAUAUAUCCAUGGUGAUGGAGAAACAAUAUCAAGAACGAUUGGAAGAAGAAAUUGGUAAGGUCAUCGUGUCGAUGAGCAUAGCAUUUGCUCAGCAGACAGAGCUCACUAGACUAUCCCAGGGUAAAGCACACUCUCCACAGUCAGAGCAAGCAUGCACUCCGUGUUCGCAAGAACACCCUUUCAGUGACAUCACUUCACAGGCUCAGCUUGAUCCACAGAGUCCUCUGGGGAUCGACAGGAAUUUGAAAGGACAAUUUAAACCACUUAGCAAUGAAUUAGAAGAACAUAAGAAAGAAGUUCCUCUGUGUAAUCAUGAGAAUCUUGAAGAUGAAUCCCUAAAGUUAAAGGACCAGGGGCUGACUAUUUCACAGAAUCUACUUUCCAAAGAUGAAACAAUCACUGUUCUACAAAGUAUUCAUGAUGAAGUAUCAGAUAUGGAGACUUCUAGACAGUUGGAAGAUAUGCGUCAAGAACUUGUACGCCAGUAUGAAGAACACCAGCAGGCAACAGAACUGAUGAGACAGGCUCACGUGCAACAGAUGGAGAGACAACGAGAAGACCAGGAGCAGCUACGAGAGGAGAUUAAGAGGCUCAAUGAGCAGUUAGCCGAGAGCUCUUCACUCUAUAUUGACAGUGUGGUAUCAGAAAGAGAAAGAGUGCUCUUAGAGGAGCUGGAAGCACUAAAGCAGCUGUCUCUAGCUGGAAGAGAGCAGCUGUGUUGUGAGCUGCGUGACAGCAGUACUCAAACACAGCUUACACAGGAUGAAGAUGACACGCAAAACGUUGACGAAGGUACACCAGAAGAAACAACAUUGAUGAGAAAAGCUGAAGAUGCAGCAGUUGAUGUAAACCUCUGCAAUGAAAGACAUGCUCUUCAAAAAGCCAAUAGUAGACUUCUGAAGAUCCUGUUAGAAGUUGCCAAUACAACAGCGGCUGUGGAAGAAACAAUUGGCUGUCAUGUUUUUAAAAUUUUGGACAGAUCUAGUAAAGCUCAGCCAGCUCCCAGCCUACCUUGGAGAACAGAAGCAGACGUAUGUGCAAAGCCUGGUUUCCACGAGGAAUAUGGGAGAGUUACGGAUGAGUCCUUACCCUCCUAUCCUGGAAAUGCCAUAUCAAGAAAUGACGGCAAGUGGUCAAAUGUUACUGACAAAGAAUCAGAUCUAUCACAGCAGUUGGGAACAAGUAGUUUUGCUGGACCUGAAGGAGACCCUGAAAAUGUACAAUUUAUGUUGAAUGUCAGCUCUCGACUACAAGCGGCAGUUGAGAAACUUCUUGAGGCCAUAAGUGAAACAAGCAGCCAGCUUGAACAUGCGAAAGUUACACAGACCCAGUUGGUGUGUGAAACGGUUAGACAAAAGCAGGAAGCAGCGGAGUCACUUAGAUGCAUAGAAGAGCUCCAGGAGCGACUUCAGGAUGAGUCCAGCGCCAGAGAGCAGCUGGCUGUGGAGCUGAAUAGAGCCGAAAAUAUUAUUGAUGGAUAUUCAGAUGAAAAACUUGCUUUUGAAAGAGAAAUUCAGGAAAAAUCGUAUGUGAUAGAUCAUCUAGAGCAGCAGUUGUUAUGUGCGAACCAGAGACUGCAAGAACUGGAAGCUGAGCAACAGCAAGUGCAGGAGGAGAGAGAGCUGCUGUCCAGGCAGAAGGCGGCAAUGAGGGAGAUGGCAGGCCCAGUGGAGCAGCGAUUUCUGCAGGAGACAGAAAAGCUAAUGAAAGAAAAGCUCCAAGUACAAUGCCAAGCAGAAAAGGUACACAGUGAACUCCAGAAUCAAGUUAAAAUUCUCGAAAUUGACGUUGAAGAAAAGAUCAGUAAGCUAAUAGAAAUGGAGCAGGAGAAAAAUGCCGAAGUAACAGACCUAAGGCAGCAAAACCAAGCCCUGGAGAAACAACUAGAAAAUUUGAGAAAAUUUGUUGAUGAGCAGACAGUGGACAGGGAGCAUGAAAGAGACAUCUUCCAAAUGGAAAUACAGAAGCUGGAGCAGCAAAUCAAGGUGGUGCCUCGACCUCAACCUCCCAGUGAGCAGCAAGCCAGAGAAAUUGAAAAGCUAACUGGUCAUCUCAGGGAGAAAGCGGACCAGUGCAGCGAGCUGCUGCUGCACAAAGAGCAGCUGCAGAGGGAGGUGCAGGACCGCGAUGCCGCAAUCGAGGAGCUGCAGUGCCGGAGGCGGGAGCUGGAGCACGCCCUGCUUGCUAGUGCUGAGUCCACAGCAGAGAAAAACAACCAGAAGCAGUCUGGAGGUGUAGAGACUGACCCUGGAUUAUCUUUAGAAGUUCAGCUGCAGGCUGAACGGGAUGCUAUUGACAGAAAGGAAAAGGAGAUUUCUAAUUUAGAAGAACAAUUAGAGCAAUUUAGAGAAGAACUGGAAAAUAAGAACGACGAGGUUCAGGAGCUCCACAUGCAGCUGGAAAUACAAAGAAAGGAGUCCACCACCCGUCUGCAAGAGCUCCAGCAAGAAAAUAAGUUGUAUCAGGAUGAAAUGAAAAAGCUGGAGUUUAUCGUGAAAGAAUCUGAUCCUACACCUCUUCCAGAUCAGCCUACGUUAUUUGGGAAAUUCGCACAAAUAAUACAAGAAAAGGACGCUAAAAUUGACCAGUUAAAUGAACAGUUGGCUAAAGUCCAUCAUCAGCUUAAACUUGCAACAGAUAAGGAGGCGUCCUCCACUCCUGCUUUGACAUAUUCUAAUGCUCGCCAAACUAGAGAAAUAAGUUCAAGUGAUUCUGAUUCUGAAUUGGACCAGGCAUUUGACAUAGCAUCAGAAGGUCAAGAAGAAUGUGAAAGUUCACCUGUAGUUCCAAAGGGAUUAUUGAGAGCUGUCCAUACCGAGGGCAUACAGAUGCUUUCAAUUGCGGACCUUCCUGAUGAUGAUGGACAGGAUCCUUCAAAGGGCACUGAGUAUCAGAUGUCUGUGGAAUGUGUGCAGAGCAGAGAAGAAGCAGCUGACACCGCAAGCCAAGAACUCCUGGACUGCAGUAUGCAGCAGUCUGGCAAGUUGGAGACCAAAGAACAGCCAUGUAGCAUGAAAGACAAAAUGGCCAAGCUACAGGAACAGCUGAGUUCGGAAAAAACAGUGGUUUCAAAAUUAAAAUAUGCCCUAUCACAGACACAACUGGAGCUAGAAGCCACGUUGAAGGUCCAGCAUAAACACAUAAAGGACCUGGAAGCAUUCAGGCUCAAAGUUCAAGAUAAAGUAGAUGACGGUCAUUUACUGACUGAUACAUUAGAAAAUGAACAGAUGAAAUCACAAGAACUUCAGUGUGCGUUAGCAACAGAGAAAGCCAAGUCAGGCCACAGCGAAGAGCAGGAUGAAGAACUUAAGGAUCUCAGAUUCAUUCUGGAGGACCAGAAACAGAGGAAUAUACACUUAGAUAUACUUCUGGGACAACAAAAACAACUAUUAAAUGAUCUACAGGAAAAAAUGGAGUCACAGAAAAUAUUACAUAAUGCACAGUUAUCAGAAGAACAAGGCCGGAACAUAAUGCUCCAAGUUCUUCUAGAAUCUGAAAAAGUUAGAAUUCGGGAGUUGACGGAGAGCUUAGACAAGGAGCGAGAGCUGCAUGCCCAGCUGAAGAACAGAGGUGAUGACCUGCAGCCCCAGCCAGUAGUCCCUCCUGCAGAACUACUUCAGUACCUACAAGAACAAGUAGAGGAAAAGCAAAAACGCAUAAUCGAACUUGUAAAUGAAUCUCAAAAAUAUAAACUGGAUUCUUUGGAAACUAAAUAUCAGAUGGAAAAGGACAGGCAGAUUCAUCAGAAAACCUUGCAGCUAGAAAAAGAAGCAAACAACUUGGGCCAGAGAAAAAUGGAGGAGCUGCAGGGCAAAGUGGAGGAGCUUCAGCUCCAGCUAGAAGAGAAAAGACACCAGGUCCACAAGCUGGACCUCGAGGGAAAGCGACUACAAGCCAUCAUGCAGGAAUUCCAAAAUCAGGAGCUAGGGCGGGAGGAAAAACGGAGAAGUAAACGACUUGUAUAUCAGAAUAUUAAUGAGGAAGCCACCUGGAACGUUACUGAUGACCGAACUAGAAAUUGGGUUCUUCAACAAAAAAUGGAAGAAACCAAAAACACAAGCUACGCAAAAGUGAUUGAAACGAAUGGAGGAGCAAUUGUCUCUUAUAAUGAUGUAGACGUUAUCAGACAGAAACUUCAGCAUUUGGCUACGAAACUUCAACUACACAUAGCCCAGAAAGCCUGUAACAGACAAGAGUUUGAAGUAUCAGAUGAGGAUGUUUUAAAUUGGGUUCGAGAAAGAAUUGAUCGACUUAUUUUGCGAGUACAAAGACUAACUAGCUGUCCACAUAAUGAGCACAGCUUAGUGUCCUCCAGUACCUCUUGUACGGAAACUAUAUUAAGACAAAACUCUGAACUAACAGGACAUGUUAACCAACUAACUGAGGAAAAGAACAACUUACGGAACAUUAUUAUGCAACUGGAAGAACAGAUAAAGUUUUAUCAACAGACAAGCGCUGAUAGAAAUUGUUUCUCUAGGUUCUCAUUUGAUGGUAGUGCUAGCAUCAAAGACAUCAUUGCUUCAGAAAAAGAAGUCUGGAGCAACGAGAAGUUGACUCUUCAGAAAUCCCUGCAAAGGGCAGAAGCAAAAGUGUGCCGACUAAAAGAUGAACUGAAAAAUGACACUUUACAUCAGAAUAGGAGCCCUGAAAAUGCAGUCUUAAAGAGAAUUUAUGGUAAAUACUUGCGAGCUGAGAGUUUCCGGAAAGCCCUUGUAUUCCAGAAGAAAUACCUGCUGCUGCUCCUGGGGCGGUUCCAGGAGUGCGAAGAGGCCACUGUGGGGCUGCUUUUCCACAUGACAGGAUUCCCAGGCUUCAGCAAUCCUGAAACAGGCACCAGCCGCCCAAAGGGACUGGCCAUAUUCCGCAGAGCUAUCAGAGUGUCUAUCGCAAUUACAAGAAUGAAAUAUUUGGUCCGGCGAUGGCAUCGAGUCAAAGCUUCUGGCCCCAACAAUGUUAAUAGGGAUGGCUUUGGAGUGGGUCCAGGUGUUGAAAGGACUGAUCCACUUUAUCAUUCCACCAGUGGACUGGAACUGUAUCCAGAUCCAAGGCAAAUGACACAUUAUAGUUCAAGAUCAGACCUGGAUUUCCCGAGGUCUCCCUUACCAUUUAAUAGGUACCCAGGAACUCUUGCAGAUUUCCAUCCUGUCCUGACCAACCCUCAGCUACAGCAGUAUAACCCUGGCAGAACGCUGACAGAUUAUGUCACCCAGAUCGAUGCACUUCAGAGACGGCUCGGAACUACUUUACAGUCAGGUUCACCUGCCUCCCAAUAUCAUACUGGUAUGAGGAGAUAAUUUUCAAAUCAUGCUGUCAUGAAGAGAAAGCAUUAACUAAAUUUUAAAUAGAUUCCCUUUGUAAAUCAAUGGCUCUUUUGUGCUUUUUUAUUGUGUAUAUUCAGUGGGACCAACCAGUACAAACACACUUAUGGUUGUGUACAAAUCCUUGUCAGCACAUAAAGACAAACUGGAGUUUGUGUAUAUAAAACACCCACAGUAAUCAUUAAAUUACAUGUAUAUUUGUGGAAUGCUAAUUUAAAUGAUUAAAUUAUAAACUGUAUUUAUCAGAUGGGUGAAGAGAUUAAAGUUUUUCAAACGACAUUGCUGCUAGAUGUGUAGCCCGCAGUGCCCUGCACUUUUCUUACAGGGCUCCACGUUUCUGCCUACUCUAUUUGCUACUGGUGAUGAAGACACAGCAUCACUUGGAGAGACCUAUUUUUGUAUAAUGGUAGAAGUUUUGAACUUUACUGGGCUAUUUUGUCAAGAACUGAAAUAAAAAUGACCUCACCAUUUUCACCAUA